AGAGUCCACCUUGAAUCAGGUCUAAGCGCACCAAUCAGCGGUUACGCGCGUUGGAAAUGGAACUGCCUUGGGACAGCGCGAUUCCAUUCUUUUUAGGUGGCAUUGGAUUUUAUUCUGAUUCGGUUUCUCUGCUCCUUAAAAUGUCAAAGACCCGAAGCUCUUCUACAGUUUAGAGGAACUCGUGAACUGCACGAUACUCUUCAAGUUUUUCUUCCUCAGAAAUCUGAAUCAGCUUUUUAUAGCUUUAUCGCUUGUUAUUUUAGUAUUUGACGAGGCUGGUGCGAAGUUCGCGGGUGAUCUGAACAGUAAAAGCGCGAGUGUUUCAUCCACUGUCUAACUGUUAAGCGGCAGCCGGAAUUGUGUCGGAAAUCUGUCACUGCCGCAGUUUAAUUGUGCCACUGGAGCUCCUGAGCAGUCCUGAGCGAUUUCUCCUUUCUAUUUAGAUCCUCUGCUGUCUUUCACUAGAAAUGGGCAAAGCGCGUUCCAAAGUUAAACGCGUUAAAGCGUACAGCUACACAACUGACAGGAAAAAGCUGUGGAAGAAACGGAAGCAGGUUCCACACAUAAAAUGUACUGAAAUCAAAGAAGCGUGGAAUGCAAAGAAAAGUAUCGAUCAGAACCUGAGGCACAUGGGUCUCGCUGUGGACGCGAAUAAAACACUUCAGAUUGAGGAUACAAAGGUGAGGUUACUUGGAAAAAACACGAAGAAGAAAGCCGAAAAGGUGGACGGAGAUGUCGAAAUGGGUGAAUCCAGUGUAGCGGAAAUUCUUCAGAAAAGUGCGGCAACGCCACAAGAGUCAGGCAUGAAAUUGUCGGAGCCGGAGGCUGAAUUCUGUAUGCUGAUGAUCGAAAAGUAUGGACAAGACUAUAAGGCAAUGGCUCGCGAUGCAGACAAUUAUUAUCAAGAAACACCCAAACAGAUUCGCCGUAAAAUUCAGACAUUUCGACGUUUCCCCGGUCCUCACGCAAAUUUCCUGAAACGCAAAGGAUUGUCCCAAAUGGACGUUGAUGAAACGGAAAUAUGAGCAUUUCAUUGUUGUUUUUCUUUCAAUACAGCUCUGUAAACCUGAA